AUGAAAUGUGAAUCCAAAGGAAUCUGGUGCUUCACAAUUCGGGCAAUGGAAUAUGAUCUGAUUUCCAACGACGAAAUUGCCAAAUACAAAAAGUGUAAUGGUCCAAAUAUGCUUUUGGACAAAAUGCCAACCGAAUACAAGAUGUCUGGAUCUCAAGACAAUGACGGUCUUCUUGAUAACUAUUUCGAAGUUGGAUUCGAAGUGACCCACAAUUGCACAGGAACGGAACAAUACAUCUACACAGAUUACGUAGAGGUGCCAGUCAAAGAGGGAGUCUUCUCAAUGUCCAAGAACUUUGACUUGAACGCCAACGAUGUUAUGCCAUAA